AUGACCCUCUCCUGUGCGUGUGAAGACAAAGACGGCAACGUGACCGUAAGGAAAGUGAAGCAAAAAGCGGGCGGAAGAGCCGGUGGAGAUGCUGACGACCUGGACACGUCGGAAGCCUACGCGGCGGAGGACGACUACUUCGAGACGGGACCGGAUGGAAGCCUGAUUCUGAAGCCGGGUAGGAAACGUAUCGACUUGAGCCGAAUCCAGAGGGAGGAUCUCAUCAGAAUGGGCAUCGACCCCAACCUACAGAAGUCUGAAAUCAUGCGACUGUUGAAGGUACAGUUGUUCAGUCAAGCAGCGAAACUUUUCUAA